AUGUCUGAAGCAAAUACUCUAGUUUCAACCUCUACUUCCAGUAUAGCAAAUGGAAAUGAGUCGUUAAAGGUAGGACUAGCAUCAGACCUGGCAAAGUUCGUUAGAGAAUUUAAAGAGAAAAAAAAGUGCCCCUUCUCUUCCUAUAAGACUCAAAAAGACUUAAAAGAGAUCUUAAUGAAGCAUGAGAUAGAUGGUAAUAGUAUAGAUACCAUUCGUCAAUUUUCACCAACAACAUAUCCGCUUAAAGAUGAUGAUGAGGAAUUGCAACAAUGCAUAAAGGAAAUUAAACGUAAGUUGAGAAACAUGGGGACUAUACUUGCUGAUAGCAACGAAGCCAUGAGGUGUGAAUAUAUUUUACCUAUCCUUCACGCCUCACUCUAUAUUAUCAAGAGAGUAACAAAAAAAGAGCUUAGUAUAGCUCCUCAGCUUGAAGUUGUUGGUGAAGAAAACACCGGUCGUGUAGACUAUGCUAUUAAGGCUCUUGAAGAACUUAUUUGCAUCACGGAAGGGAAGUUGCACCAAGUAACCAUGGGUUUUGCCCAGAACCUGGUCCAGUGCGAAAGUGCAUUGCAAGUAAACAAGAAAAAACAUAAAGCAGACGAUGCAUUUAGGGAAUACUUUGAUUAUAUUUAUGGAAUUGUAACAACAGAUAUACAUUUUCUCUAUGAGAUUUCAUGUACAAGUAGAGACCCUCUCAAUAUCAAGUUUAGCGAGUCAGCUUUGAAAAAAGAUUCAGAAGCCGAUAUAGAAUUACAGAAAAAUGUGAAGCGAGUAAUAGAGGUCAUUGUUGGAUUAUUAAAGGAUAGAGCGGAUGUUGAGAAAGAGCCAGCAAUGAAGAGACAGCGGGUGCAGAAGUACUUCGAAAACGAAUAUUGCGAUCUUGGCUCCAAGUCAUAUGACCUGCAAAUAACUGAAGUCAUAAAGUAA